AAUAUUGCUUUGGAAUGUUUUAUUCACAGUUAAUCGUUUUAAAUUCUUGAAUACAUAGAUUUCAAGAUUCAAGCAAAUACAAAUAUACAGGGUAUCUGGGUUCUGUGGGAUGAUGGAAGUCGCUUCAGUGACGAGCGGCAGUAAUGUAUUGACCAAAAGUAGUGGUGCAAAGAAGAGGAUUUUAACAUUUAAGUAGUCUGGGAAGCCACUCUACAACUCAUGCAAUUAGGAGCCUACCGUACAACCUUAACAGCAGCACCGUUGUCCUCAGUAUUCAGGGGGAAGAUGAUGAAUAGAGGCAUUAAAUCAAGAGCUGAUGGGAAUUCUGUGAAUUCCAAGAAUAACUUGACAGACCAUGAAAGUGGACAGCCGCAGGUUUGGAGUACAUCAAAAUCUGGUUAUGAAGAGGAAUUUCCUUCACUUUCUGUUAGUAAUAGGAGAACAAGAAUAGACCUGGGAACUCAUUGCCAACCGAAGUGGAGGAAGGUGGUCGAUAACGUUGAUAAAUUGCAAAUCGAACCAUCAACUUCGAUAAGCCACCAGGAUGAUACCUUCUUGCCCACCAGCUUCGGGAAGAAGCCCUUACCAUCUUCUUCUAGAAAUCCAAUGCUUCGCCAAACUUAUCAUGAAAAUGGAGAGGGGAAGAGAAGGUCAACAUUCUCCAAGGGGACUGCGAUUGAUGAACCUUUUGAUAUAUGCAUCUCUGAAGCCAGAGAAUACAAUCCUCUCACAGGGCAGGUGUUGAGACCUGGAAUGGUAUUAUUCAAGAAUUAUAUACCCUUGUCUGAGCAGGUGAAGAUUGUAAACAGAUGUCGAGAGUUGGGUUGUGGACCCGGUGGAUUUUACCGUCCUGGUUAUGAUGAUGGUGCAAAACUGCGCCUUUACAUGAUGUGUCUUGGUCUAGAUUGGAAUCCACAAACCAGAAAAUACGGGGAAAGACGGCACCAUGAUCAGGUUGCCGCCCCUGGUAUUCCUCAUGAGUUUACUUCAUUAGUCAGGAGAGUACUUGAUGAUUCCCAUACUCUGAUCAAAAGAGUCUUGAAGACGGAAAAUGUUGAGGACGUACUUCCUGCAAUUUCUCCAGACUUGUGUAUUGUCAAUUUCUAUACCACUAACGGGAGACUUGGUCUUCAUCAGAAAGGUCCUUUUAUUAUCUUGUGUCAUCAGUUGAUGUACGUUGCCGACAGAUUUUUCUCUCAGAAUUCUGAUUCACAUAUUGAUGUACAAAUUAUGAUAUCAUCCUUCACACAGGAUACUGACGAGAGCCCAGAUAGUCUUCUGAAAGGUUUUCCUGUUGUUUCAGUAUCUAUUGGUGAUUCAGCAGAGUUCUUAUAUGGUGAUCAGAGAGAUGUUGGCAAGGCCGAGUCAGUCUUACUAAAAUCAGGUGAUGUGCUGAUAUUUGGUGGAGAAUCAAGGCGUAUUUUUCAUGGAGUGAAAACUAUUAUCCCUGAUACAGCUCCUCACGCCUUGCUGGAUGCUACAAAACUUCGACCUGGUCGACUCAACCUUACCUUCAGAAAAUACUAAAACUCUUCUGUUUUAGCUCAAAUUUGAUGUUUAUUUUUCUCAAUUUUGACUCAUUUUAUGGUUGGAUUAUAAUUUAUUAAAUUCGUUGGACUCUUGAGAAA